GCUUCGUCUACACAAUCGAGGAAGCAGCAAAAGGAAGACGAAGAGAGAUUCGAUUUCUCUGGAUUUCUCAAAAUGUUUCUCCAAUCGCAAAAACUAUGGAAGAUGCUUCUAAUUCUAGCGAUUUGGUCACCGAUUUCACACUCGCUUCACUUCGAUCUACACUCAGGUCGCACAAAAUGUAUCGCCGAAGACAUCAAAAGCAAUUCAAUGACUGUUGGUAAAUACAACAUCGAUAAUCCUCACGAAGGUCAAGCUUUACCACAAUCUCACAAAAUCUCCGUCAAGGUGACGUCUAAUUCCGGGAACAAUUACCAUCACGCGGAACAAGUUGAUUCGGGACAAUUCGCGUUCUCUGCUAUAGAAGCAGGUGAUUACAUGGCUUGCUUCACUGCUGUUGAUCAUAAGCCUGAGGUUUCGUUGAGUAUUGAUUUUGAGUGGAAGACUGGUGUUCAAUCUAAAAGCUGGGCUAAUGUUGCUAAGAAGAGCCAAGUCGAAGUUAUGGAAUUUGAGGUUAAGAGUCUUCUUGAUACCGUUAACUCGAUUCAUGAAGAGAUGUAUUAUCUUAGAGAUAGGGAAGAAGAGAUGCAAGAUCUGAACCGGUCAACUAACACGAAAAUGGCAUGGUUGAGUGUUCUCUCGUUUUUCGUUUGCAUAGGAGUGGCAGGGAUGCAGUUUUUGCACUUGAAGACGUUUUUCGAGAAGAAAAAGAUGCUUUUGUCUGCACUUCUUAUGUCUGUUGGGAUAAACUCUUGCCUAUGUGUAUUGUUCUUCAUACUUUACUCUGUACUGAGGAAGCAGCCACACAACUACGAGGUUUUUUUACCUCGUAGACUCGCAGAUGGGACGUCUAAACGUAGACGUAACAAAGUAGCAAGGUAUAUACCUUCUGUUAAAUGGAUUUGGAAAUCAUGGAGGCCAACAGAAAAGGAACUGAUGGAAGCCUCUGGUUUGGAUGGUGUUGUGUUUAUGAGAAUGAUUACUUUCAGUUUGAAAGUGUUCUUGUUUGCUGGGAUCAUUGGUGUUUUUGUUCUCUUGCCUGUGAACUGCUUCGGAGAUCAACUUACCGUGAUUGACUACGCUGACUGGUCUGCCAAUUCUUUGGAUCUUUUUUCUGUUGCUAACCUCAAAAUCCGCUCACAAUGGCUAUGGGUUCACUUUGGAGCUAUAUAUCUUGUGACUGCAUUUGUCUGCUGUCUUCUUUACUUUGAAUUUAGAUAUAUUGCCUUGAAAAGGAUUGAGCAUUUCUAUUCAUCCAAACCUCAGCCAGAACAGUUUACCAUAUUGGUUCGCAAUAUUCCCUCUACAGAUGGAAGCAGUGUGAGCGACACUGUUGAUAGGUUCUUUGGAGAAAGCCAUUUCUCUACUUACCUGUCUCAUGUGGUUAUCCAUCGAACAAGUAAACUUCGGAGUGUCGUUGAUAAGGCUAAAAAGUUAUAUAAACAAGUGAAACAUAAGAAGCCAGUUAAGAAGAAGCCAAUGAGAUUCUUCAGUCGCAGAGACACUCCCGAGGGUCACUAUGAGAGCGUGUUACAGGAAUUGGAACAGGAUAUACGAAUAGGGCAAGCUGAAGUUUCAGCACCUGGAAAAGAAGUUCGAGCUGCUUUUGUAUCAUUCAAGUCCCGAUAUGGUGCUGCAACGGCACUCCACAUGCCACAAUCAAUCAACCCCACUUACUGGCUUACAGAACCAGCACCAGAACCUCAUGACGUCCACUGGCCUUUCUUCUCUGCAUCAUUUAUGCAGAAAUGGCUUGCUAAAAUUCUCGUUGUAUUCGCUUGUCUCCUCCUUACUAUCUUGUUUCUUGUUCCAGUAGUACUUGUCCAAGGUCUCACCAACCUGCCUGCACUAGAAUUUAUGUUCCCGUUCUUGACAUUGAUCCUAUCAAUGAAAGUUGUAAGUCAAAUAAUAACUGGAUACCUUCCAAGUCUUAUACUUCAGACGUCUCUGAAAGUUGUACCUCCCAUCAUGGAGUUUCUCUCUUCUAUCCAAGGGCACAUUUGCCACAGCGAUAUACAAAAGAGUGCUUGUAACAAGGUGAUCUGGUUCACAAUAUGGAAUGUGUUUUUCGCAACUGUUUUCUCUGGAUCAGCCUUCUACAAGCUUUCUGUGAUUCUCGAUCCAAAGGAAAUUCCUGUCAAGUUGGCUGUGGCUGUUCCGGCUCAGGCUUCGUUUUUCAUCGCUUAUGUUGUGACAACAGGAUGGACAGAUACUCUGACUGAACUCUUCCGUGUAGUUCCCUUCAUGGUUAGUUACAUAAAAAGAUCAUUUGAACCGUCAGAUGACAAUGAAUUUGUUGUCCCGCCAAUGCGGUACCACAGAGACACCCCUAGAGUUCUAUUCUUUGGGCUUCUUGGGAUUACAUACUUCUUCUUAGCUCCAUUGAUUCUUCCUUUCAUCCUUCUCUACUUUUGCCUUGCAUACAUCAUCUACCGAAACCAGUUUAUGAACGUGUAUGCCCCAAAGUUUGAUACGGGCGGGAUGUUUUGGCCAAUGAUACACUAUACGAUGAUAUUCUCUCUUGUACUUAUGCAAGCAAUUGCAAUCGGUCUAUUUGCGCUAAAGAAGAUGGAACUAGCUACAUACUUGCUUGUCCCUCUUCCCGUUUGUACUCUUCUCUUCAACGAGUUCUGUCGUAAACGCUUCAUGCCUAUAUUCACUGCUUAUCCUGCUGAGGUGUUGACAAAGAGAGAUAAGGAAGAUCGAAACGAUCCAAGAAUGCCUGAGUUUUACAAUAACUUGGUCAGUGCAUACCAAGAUCCUGCUCUGCUCCCACUUCGAUUCUCAGGAUCAGGAAGCAGAAAUGAUAGCCUCACUAGUCCUCUUCUCUCUUCGUCCGAGGUUUGAUCCUCUUCAAUACAACUUUACCUGUCUCUUCCUCUGUACAUGCAUGUGCAUAUAUAUACCUCAAAAGUCAUUAGAGAUCUACAUUGGAAACUCAAUACCAUAAUUUAUUUGUAAAUCUUUAUUUACUACAGAACCAGUCAUUAGAUAGAUUACAUCAAUGAGUUGUUUAUUCUUGUUUUUCAGCUUUGAUUUAAAAGGUAAUCAAAGUAUUAAAUAACA